AUGCCUUCGGAAAAGAAAAAACGCGUUUUACCACCACCUGCAGGUUUAGAUUUUGCUACUUCACCAAAAGAUAGUUUGGUUGACGAUUUAAGAUACGCGCUUGAACAUGCAAAAGAGUUAUAUUCUGACAUAGCAUGGGAUUUUACUUUAGCGCCUAGCCCGACUAUCAUCUAUGCACACAAAGCUAUCUUGUAUGCUCGAAGUUCACGCAGUUUUCAAGAACGUUUCUUAAAAAACAAAGAUGCAAAUGGAAUGUCUAUACGGUCUGUUCGAUUAUCAAACCCAGAACCAACAAUUGCAAAGACUGAUGCGGAACCAUUCCUUUUUCGUCAGGAAUUAAAAUUUUUUUAUACCGGUGAAGAAGGAAGUGAAGAAUUUUUAUCUGCUGUUGAUACCACAGAUGAGCUUGAGCAGGACAAAUUAAAAGAAGACUUAAUAUAUAUGUUUAAGUCUAAAUUGUACACGGAUGUUGAAUUAGUCUUAGAUUACUCUGAAGAUAGUCCUGAAAUUGUAGAUGAAGAAGAUUUUAAACCUAUAAAAAUUAAAGCUCACAGAUUUAUAUUAUAUACAAGAUCUGAAUACUUUAAGAAGAUGUUAAGUUCCGAUUUUAUUGAAGCUCGAUCAUCAAGUAUUCAUCUUGAUGCUUCUAUUUUUAAUCAAACAUCACUCAAUAUAAUCUUGACAUUCAUUUACACUGGUAAUAUUCCACCUUCAAAACCUCUGACUUUGGACGAUUAUGAAUGGGUUUGGAUUGGUGCUGAUUUUCUUGGUAUAAAAUUUCUUUGUGAUGAAUGCAUAUGUAGAAUUGCAACGAAGGUUCAUCAUUUCACUUGUACUUGUGCUGAAUGCCAAUCAGUAAUACCAAGAGUUGCUAUUUUUGCAAAGGAACAUGAUGUUGAUAUGCUGUGGCAAGGAUGUUUGCAUGUAUUAUCGCAUGGAUUUGAUAGUAUGUGGCCUCAAAAAGCAUUUGCAGAUCUUGAUGAAGAUACACGAGAGGAGGUUCUUUUCACAGUUCUUGCUAAUAUACAACAAAAUAAUAGUGUUAUGGCUGCCUUCAAAGGUUGUCGAAAGAUUUUGUCAAAUAUUGAUAUUAAAGGCAUAGGAUUGCCUUGGAUAGAAACAAUACGUGGAAUGACACAUAGAGUUCAAUCUUUUACUGUCAAAAAUAUUUUGGUAGAUAAUUUUGAACAAAUUUGUAGUGAAGACCAAGAAUUUUUAGAUUGUGUGGAUGGUGUUGGUUUUAGUUCAGAUUUAUUAGAGGACAUUAUGAAUGUAGUAGUUGAAGAGGGUUUAACCGAAAAAAAUGCCGCACGGGUGUUAAAUUGCAUUACCGGGAAAUUAUUGACUAGACAGGCAGUAGUGGAUUCGGAAAGUUUUGAGACAAAACGAGUUUUAAAUCAAGCAAAACAAAACGUAUUUGACUAUAUGAAAAAGCGAUGGAUGAGUGUGAAAGGAAAUGGUGGUUUUAGGUUGUUAACCCCGUGGCAAUUGGAUGAAUUCUCAAAAGAACUUGGUGUUACAAAUCAAGAAUUACAAGAAUCUACAGAUCAUAAAGAGAAUAAACCUAAGGUUAGAACGCCAAGUGUAACAAAUGGUCUUUCCAAAAAAGGAAGAGAAUCAUCGCCCGCCCCUAAAGUGACUAAAUCUAUAACAACUGUAACCACAACGACACCGGCAUUAAUUGUAACAACACCGCCUCAGUUGAAUCCGUCACCAUCAACAGGAGAUACAGAUUCCAAUUCAGGCUCUAAUACAAGCGAAAGCGGCUCAACGUCAAAUUCUUCAGCUGAAUCAUCAUCUAUGGGCAGUGCCGAUACAACUGCAAAAACAAAUGCUAAGAAAGGUAAAAGCGUGCGCAUUGGCGAGACUACGACCGCCCCUGUAUGGGCUCGUCCAACUCGUGCUAGUGUGUUACGCCAAAAGGCUCUUGCAGAAUCAUCCGCAAAGAAUCCAGUAAAGCCACGAAUAAAAACUAAUACUACUACAAAAUCAGCUUCUAAUUCAUCAUCUAAUUCCACGCAAUCUAAACCAACAACAUCGGUAUCUAAAACAGUAAAAACGACGACGACACGUACACCACGACAGUCUACUUCUGCAUCUAGUCUUAGGGUACCUAAUGGCUCUCCGACUUCACAAAGGGGUCGUUCUUCUAAUAAGCAAAAUUCUUCCAAGAAAAAUACUUCUGCUACAUCAUCUCGUGCGAGUUCAAUAUCAUCCGUGACCUCUCUAAAUUCACCUUCUGUCUCGCCAUCUCGAUUUGGUGGUGUGAGACAAACACGCUCUAGUAUGUUACGUCAGCUUAAAUAUGAUGACGCAGAACAACGUCGUGGUCGUGACCGUGAGCGUGAUACAUCACCAACAUCAUCUCGAGCUAGUUCUAUUGCUUCUACUUCAUCUGUUGCCAGUACUACUACCAGCUCCUCCCAUCAUAGGAGAAAACGUUCCCCAUCACAAAACUCAUCAAAUACUUCAAUUACUACCAAUUCAAACGGUGCUAUUACUUGUUUACAGCCAAAACCCCAUCAGAUAAAAUUAGCAACUAUUGCUAAUCCAGAUAUUUCCGUAGGAAGACGUGUAAUACUUCCAACAAAAAAUAAUGCUCCCGGAGUUAUACAGUUUCUGGGUGAAACAGAAUUUGCUAAAGGUAUCUGGGUUGGAAUAGAAUUAGAUAAUCCUGUGGGUAAAAAUAAUGGUAAAGUAGCGAGUACUAAAUAUUUUACGGCUGGCCCUAACCACGGAAUUUUUGUUAGACCAGAUUCACUUUUGCUAAUAUAA